AUGGAAGAAAUAAAAAGUAGCAAUUGGGAUUUAGAGUUAUCAGAGUUGGAGCAAACGUCGGAUCCCAGCGUUUAUGUAAAUGCGAAGGGUGUACCAACACUAACAGUAGCUACGAUGUUAGGUAUAACUGCGCUUGUGGUGGUAGCUAUUGUUAUGGUGUUUGUUCUAGGAAUAUUAAUCGACUGCCGACAACAAAGGAUAAUGGACAGAAAAAUAGAUCAAUUGAAGCGUAGGCGCACCCAGAGGCGAAUAAACGUCGAAGCGCGCGGAGAUAUCGUCAGGAUAGCAGAGAAUAUGGAGGAAAGUGGAAUCAGUCCAGCCCCCGUUGAAAUUCUUCGGGAAAUCCCUUGA